AUCCCCCCAUCCACCGGGGCAGAGCGGAGCGGAGCGGAGCGCUGCGCGGAUCGCGGCAUGGCGGCGGGGGCGGGAGGCGAGAAGCGGAUCCUGUGCGUGGGGCUGGUGUGCCUCGACGUGAUCAGCGUGGUGGACGCGUACCCGGCCGAGGACACCGACACGAGGUGCCUGACUCAGCGGUGGCAGCGCGGGGGGAACGCCUCCAACUCGUGCACGGUGCUGGCGCUGCUGGGCGCUCCCUGCGCCUUCAUGGGCUCCCUGGCACCCGGGCACGCGGCAGACUUCAUCGUGGCGGAUUUUCGGCGCCGCGGCGUGGAUGUGACGCACGUUGCCUGGCAGCCCCAAGGGGACGUGCCCUGCGCCUGCUGCGUGGUCAGCGCCGCCAGCGGCUCGCGGACCAUCGUGCUGCACGACACGAACCUGCCCGACGUCACCGAGCGCGACUUCGCGCGGGUCGACCUGGCUCAGUACAAGUGGAUCCACUGGGAGGCCCGCAACGCGGCGGAGCAGGAGCGGAUGAUUCUCCGCGUGGAGCGACACAACAGCGCGCUGCCGCCCGCGCAGCGCAUCCGCACGUCUGUGGAGGUGGAGAAGCCGCGGGACGAACUCCUGCCGCUCCUGGCGCACGGCGACGUGGUACGGCCCGGACACGCCCACUUCGCCACGCCCCGUCGGCGAUUGGUCCGAUUGGGGAGGGGGCGGGGCCAGGUGUUCAUCAGCAAGGACCUGGCCAAGCACUUCGGCUACAACACGGCGGCAGAGGCGCUGCGGGGGCUGCGGGGCCGCGUGCGGCCAGGCGCGAUCAUGAUCUGCGCGUGGGCCGAGGAGGGCGCAGACGCUCUGGAGCCGGAUGGGACCCUGGUGCACGUCGACGCGUUCCCACCGGAGCGGCUGGUGGACACGUUGGGGGCCGGAGACACCUUCAACGCCGCCGUCAUCUUCGCGCUGUCAGGAGGGCAGAACCUGCGGGACGCUCUCACCUUCGGCUGCCGCAUCGCGGGGAAGAAGUGCGGGAUCCACGGCUACGACGGCAUCGUCUGAGCCGCGCGGUGCCCCCCGCCCCGCGCCCAAUAAAGCUCGCGGACCCCC